AUGGUGUUAACAGUGUGUUUUUAUUUUUCUUUUCACAGCCCACAUACUGGGUGGCAGAAUUACCAGCCUGAUGUGCCCCGGAUUCCCACUGCUUGCAUCUCUGUGGAAGAUGCUGAAAUGAUGUCCCGGAUGUCUUUCCGGGGCACUAAGAUUGUUGUGCACCUGAAGAUGGGGGCUAAGACCUAUCCAGAUUCUCCUUCUUUUAACACUGUGGCAGAGAUAGUUGGAAGCAAGUACCCAGAGCAGAUUGUAUUGGUCAGUGGACAUCUGGACAGCUGGGACGUUGGGCAGGGAGCUAUGGAUGAUGGUGGUGGAGCAUUUAUAUCAUGGGAAGCAUUAUCACUCAUUAAGGAUCUGGGACUUCGCCCAAAAAGGACUCUACGCUUGGUACUAUGGACGGCAGAAGAGCAAGGAGGCAUAGGUGCAGAGCAAUACUAUCAGUUGCACAAGGAAAAUAUCUCCAACUUCGAUAUCGUCAUGGAGUCUGAUGAAGGCACCUUCAAACCAUCUGGACUGGGUUUUACUGGCAAUGCUAAAGCUCGGGACAUCAUGAAAGAGAUCCUGACUCUGCUGCAGCCCAUCAAUGUUACAGAUGUUUACGACGAUGCAGAUGGAACAGACAUCGAUUACUGGAUGAGAAACGGGGUGCCAG